AUGUUUGGGCUGGACCAGUUCGAGCCCCAGAUCAACAGCAGGAACGCUGGCCACGGCGAGAGGAACUUUAACGAGGCCGGACUGAGCAUGAACGCCCACUUUAAGGCCCCGGCUUUCCAUGCGGGGGGGCCCUCUGGCCCGGUGGACCCUGCCAUGAGCGCGCUGGGCGAGCCCCCGAUCUUGGGCAUGAACAUGGAGCCGUACGGCUUCCACGCGCGCGGCCACUCUGAGCUGCACGCGGGGGGGCUGCAAGCGCAGCCGGUGCACGGUUUCUUCGGUGGCCAACAGCCGCACCACGGCCACCCCGGCAGCCACCAUGCACACCAGCAUCACCCCCACUUUGGGGGCAACUUUGGCGGCCCGGACCCGGGGGCAUCGUGCCUGCACGGGGGGCGCCUGCUAGGCUACGGCGGCGCCGCUGGCGGCCUGGGCAGCCAGCCGCCCUUUGCCGAGGGUUACGAGCACAUGGCGGAGAGCCAGGGGCCCGAAAGCUUCGGCCCGCAGCGGCCGGGGAACCUCCCGGACUUUCACAGCUCGGGCGCCUCGGGCCAUGCGGUGCCAGCCCCAUGCCUGCCGCUGGACCAGAGCCCCAACCGGGCCGCCUCCUUCCACGGCCUGCCUGCCUCCAGCGGCUCCGAUUCUCACAGUCUGGAGCCUCGGAGGGUGGCGAACCAAGGAGCCGUCGACUCGCUGGAAUACAAUUAUCCGGGCGAGGCGCCUUCGGGACAUUUUGACAUGUUUUCGCCCUCGGACUCCGAGGGGCAGCUGCCUCAUUACGCGGCGGGCCGCCAGGUUCCCGGGGGCGCUUUCCCGGGCGCCUCCGCCAUGCCUAGAGCUGCGGGCAUGGUGGGCUUGUCCAAAAUGCACGCCCAGCAACCGCAGCAACAACCGCAGCAGCAGCAGCAACACAGCGUUUUCUUUGAGAGGUUCGGCGGGGCCCGCAAAAUGCCUGUGGGCCUAGAGCCUGGAGUGGGUUCCAGGCACCCAUUAAUGCAGCCUCCCCAGCAGGCCCCGCCACCACCGCAGCAGCAGCCCCCGCAGCAGCCACAGCCUCAGCAGCCGCAGCAGCCACAGCCGCCGCCGCCGCCAGGGCUUCUGGUACGACAAAAUUCGUGCCCGCCUGCACUUCCGCGGCCCCAGCAGGGCGAGGCAGGCACGCCCAGCGGCGGCCUGCAGGAUGGGGGUCCCAUGCUGCCUAGCCAGCACGCGCAGUUCGAGUACCCCAUCCACCGGUUGGAGAACCGGAGCAUGCACCCAUAUUCCGAGCCUGUGUUCAAUAUGCAGCACCCCCCUCCGCAGCAGGCGCCCAACCAGCGGCUGCAGCAUUUCGACGCUCCCCCCUACAUGAACGUGGCCAAAAGGCCGCGUUUCGACUUCCCGGGCAGCGCGGGAGUGGACCGCUGCGCCUCGUGGAACGGCAGCAUGCACAACGGAGCGCUGGACAACCACCUCUCGCCCUCCGCCUACCCGGGCCUGCCCGGUGAGUUCACGCCGCCUGUGCCCGACAGCUUCCCCUCGGGGCCACCCUUGCAGCACCCGGCUCAGGACCACCAGUCCCUGCAGCAGCAGCAGCAGCAACAGCAGCAGCAGCAGCGCCAAAACGCGGCCCUCAUGAUCAAGCAGAUGGCGUCGCGGAAUCAGCAACAGCGGCUGCGCCAGCCCAACCUGGCUCAGCUAGGCCACCCCGGGGACGUGGGCCAGGGCGGCCUGGUGCACGGCGGCCCCGUGGGCGGCUUGGCCCAGCCGAACUUUGAGCGCGAAGGCGGCGGCGCGGGCUCUGGGCGUCUGGGCACCUUCGAGCAGCCGGCGCCGCACUUGGCGCAGGAGAGCGCGUGGUUCCCAGGCCCGCACCCGCCGCCAGGAGACCUGCUGCCCCGCAGGAUGGGCGGCUCCGGCCUGCCGGCUGACUGCGGUCCGCACGACCCGGGCCUGGCGCCGCCCCCUCCGCCUGGCGGCUCGGGGGUGCUGUUCCGGGGCCCUCUGCAGGAGCCGCUGAGGAUGCCCGGAGAGGGCCACGUGCCCGCGCUGCCCUCGCCGGGCUUGCAGUUUGGGGGCAGUCUGGCCAGCCUUGGCCAGCUGCAGUCGCCCGGGGCCGGGGUGGGGCUUCCCAGCGCGCCCUCGGAGCGCCGGCCUCCGCCGCCUGACUUCGCGGCUCCCGCGCUCGGGGGCCAGCCGGGCUUUCCGUUUGGCGCGACUAGCCGGCAGGCCACGCCGCACAGCGGCCCGGGCGUGAACUCGCCCCCGAGCACUGGCGGGGGCGGCGGCAGCGCGGGCGGCGGCAGCGGAGGGGGCGCAUACCCUCCGCAGCCGGAUUUCCAGCCCAGCCAGCGCGCCUCCGCCAGCAAGCUGGGCGCGCUCUCGCUAGGUUCCUUCAACAAGCCCAGCUCCAAGGACAACCUGUUCGGCCAGAGCUGCCUGGCUGCGCUCUCUACCGCCUGCCAGAACAUGAUCGCCAGCCUCGGGGCCCCAAACCUCAACGUGACCUUCAACAAGAAGAACCCGCCUGAGGGCAAGAGGAAACUGAGCCAGAACGAGACCGACGGCGCGGCCGUGGCCGGCAACCCGGGCUCGGAUUACUUCCCAGGAGGGACUGCCCCUGGGGUCCCGGGGCCCGGAGGCCCGUCGGGGACCAGUAGUAGCGUCUCCAAAGCCUCGGGGCCGCCCAACCCACCCGCCUCAGGGGACGGCACCAGCCUCUCUCCCAACUACACCCUGGAAUCCACGUCGGGGAACGAUGGCAAGCCUGUCCCCGGGGGCGGCGGCCGGGGACGGGGUCGCAGAAAAAGGGACAGUGGUCACGUGAGCCCUGGGACUUUCUUCGACAAGUAUUCGACUGCGCCAGACAGCGGGGGCGCGCCAGGGGUGAGCCCAGGGCAACAGCAGGCACCAGGCGCGGCCGUCGGGGGAGGCUCUGCGAGCGAGGCGCGCGGGGCGCCAACGCCCCACGAGAAGGCACUCACAUCGCCAUCGUGGGGGAAGGGGGCCGACUUGCUCCUGGGGGACCAACCGGACCUCAUGGCGUCCCUGGACGGCGGGGCCAAGUCGGACGGUAGUUCCCCGCACAUGGGAGAGUUCGCCUCGGACGAGGUGAGCACAAGCUACGCCAAUGAGGACGAGGUGUCCUCCAGCUCUGACAACCCCCCAGCCCUGGCUAAAGCGAGCCGGAGUCCUCUGGUGACCGGCUCGCCCAAACUCCCGCCCCGUGGGGUGGGUGCAGGGGAACACGGACCGAAGGCCCCCCCGCCCCCGCUCGGCCUGGGCAUCAUGUCUACCUCUACCUCGACCCCGGACAGCUACGGCGGCGGCGGGGGCACGGGCCACCCCGGCACGCCGGGCCUGGAGCAGGUCCGGACCCCAACCAGCAGCAGCGGCGCACCGCCCCCCGAUGAGAUCCACCCCCUGGAGAUUCUCCAGGCGCAGAUCCAGCUGCAAAGGCAGCAGUUCAGCAUCUCCGAGGACCAGCCCCUGGGACUCAAGGGCAGCAAGAAGGGCGAGUGCGCCGUCGGGGCCUCGGGCGUUCAGAAUGGUGACAGCGAGCUGGGCAGCUGCUGUUCCGAGGCCGUCAAGAGCGCCAUGAGCACCAUCGACCUGGACUCGCUGAUGGCGGAGCACAGCGCCACCUGGUACAUGCCCGCUGACAAGGCCCUGGUGGACGGCGCGGACGACGACAAGACUCUGGCGCCCUGGGAGAAGGCCAAACCCCAGAACCCCAACAGCAAAGAAGCCCACGACCUCCCCGCGAACAAGGCCUCGGCGACCCAGCCCGGCAGCCACUUGCAGUGUCUGUCUGUCCACUGCACAGACGACGUAGGCGAUGCUAAGGCCCGCACCUCCGUGCCCACGUGGCGGUCCCUGCACUCCGACAUCUCCAACAGAUUCGGGACAUUCGUGGCUGCCCUGACUUGAAUCAACAAGAAAUACCCAUCCCCCACCAAAUCCUCCCCUUCUCUCCCCUCCUCCCCUCCCCUCCCCUCCCCAUCCCAGCCUGACCCCCCACUCCCUCGUUCAUUUGAAAGGGCCACUAUUGCU